AAAUGAAGCCUCUAACUAAAAAAAAAAAUGACGCCUCUAACUAAAAAAAAGCUACUUCCUGUUGUACAAACACUGGAGACUACAUUUCCCAUGAUGCACACGCUGCAGCAGACGGCCACAUGUGAUCAUGUAAUAAAAUACUAAUAAAGUAACUUUAAUGUGAGCUGGCAUCAGCACGGCCGGGCACCUCGGGGGGAUCCUGUUAGACCGGACACUGAUGGUCCAGCUGCGUCUCGUGUCAGCUGUAACUUUCCGUCCUCUGGCUGUAACUUUCCGUCCUCUGGCUGUAACUUUCCGUCCUCUGGCUGUAACUUCCCGUCCUCUCGUCCUCUGGCUGUAACUUCUCGUCCUCUGGCUGUAACUUCCCGUCCUCUGGCUGUUUGCAGGCGAUGGCGGAGCUGAACACGGAGGCGAAGCUGAAGAAGCAGCUGAAGCAGGAGAAGAUCCAGCUGUGGAACCCGCCGUACACCGACGACCAGGACGGCGAGCCGGGCCGGCAGCACAUGCAGGAGCUGGCCGAGCGCUACGCGCCUCUGCUGGGUCUGCCUGUGGAGGAGGUAGGGGGCGCUCUGGAGGCGAUCCGAGUGCAGGCGGUGAAGAGAGGCAAAGGGAACAAGACGUUCAGGGAGUCCAACGUGGCCACGCUGGAGCUGCUGCUGCCCAGAGACGGCAAGAAGGAUCCAAAGACAAAGAACCACUUGGAGACGAGGCUGGAUGUGUUGGUUCAGGAGGUGGUGGACAGGAUUGGAGACGAGUACGGCCUCAAAUACAUCAAACUGAUCCUGAACGGGAAAACUCUGAGCGUUGACCAGCGUCUGGAUGAGCAGGGUGUGAAGAACCACAGUAAGAUGAUGGUGCUGAAGGUGAGCGACGCCGAGUGGAAACAACAGCUGAGUGAAGAAGAGGAGAAGAAGAAGAACCAAGACGAGAGUGUCCAGAGGACCCAGAAAGGUUUCCAGAUCCUGUCAGAGAGAGACGGCAGUGAAGAUCCAGACUCGACUCCUUUCCUGGAGAUCGCUGACCAGAGAGGAAACCCUCUGAAGAUCCCUCAUGAGGAGAAGAAGGCUCUGAUCCUGGCCAUGGGUUUCCAUGAGAAAGGUCGUUCUUUGAUGAAGAAGAAGCAGUUUGACAACGCUCUGUUCAAGCAGGCCACCCAGGGUCCCUGCAGUGCUCCUAAACCCGGCAUGUUGGACUUUGUCAACAAGGUGAAGUGGGAGGCGUGGAAGUCUCUGGGCUCCAUCUCUCAGGAUGAAGCCAGGCAGCAGUACUGCGACCUGAUUGGCUCCCUCGUGGCUGCAGAAGGUGGAAGCUCCGCCCAGGUGUCUGCGCAGCCCGCUGCGAGCGGGACGACAUACGAGACGCUAUUGGUCACCACAGAGGAUGACAUCACCACCAUCAAACUGAACCGACCGGCCAAGAAGAACGCCAUCACUACUGAGAUGUACAACGAGAUUAUUGCAGCUCUGGAGCAGGCAGCUAAAGACAACUCAGUCAUCACUGUCUUUACUGGUGCCGGUGAUUUUUACUGCAGUGGAAACGACCUGACCAACUUCACCAAGAUCCCAGAGGGAGGGGUGGAGCAGAUGGCGAGACGUGGUGGAGAUCUGCUCAGGAAGUAUGUGAAGGCCUACAUCGACUUCCCCAAACCCCUGGUUGCCGUGGUGAACGGACCGGCGGUAGGAGUCUCUGUCACAGUGUUGGGACUCUUUGACCUGGUCUAUGCUACAGAGAGGGCUUCUUUCCACACUCCGUUCACUCAGCUGGGUCAGAGCGCUGAAGGAUGCUCCUCCUACACCUUCCCCAGGUUGAUGGGCGGCGCCAAGGCCAGUGAGAUGCUGCUGUUCAAUAAGAAGCUGACGGCGGCUCAGGCCUGCCAGCUCGGGCUGGUCACCGAGGUUUUCCCCGACAGCAGCUUCCAGUCGGAGGUUUGGACCAGACUGAAGGCCUACGCCAAGCUGCCCCCCAAUUCCCUGGCUCUGUCCAAACAGCUGAUCCGGUCUGUAGAGAAGCAGCGUCUUCACUCUGUGAACGAGGCCGAGGUUCAGAGUCUGGUGGAGCGCUGGCAGUCAGACGAGUGUUUCAACGCCGUCAUGAGCUUCUUCCAGGCCAAGUCCAAACUGUGAGAGGACGCGUGUCUGCUGGAGACCGACACCUGGCUGUGUGUGUGUGUGUGUGUGUGUUUCUAACACUCAGGUGAUGCCUCCUCUGGUAUGCCAACAGCCUGCACACAGUGCAGGAGGUCCAGGUGGAGGUCCAGGUGGAGGUCGUCACGGGUAGUUCUGAUGUUUCAUGAUGGUCCACUAACCUGUCCAAUCACAGACAGCCGUCACUUCUUCUUCUGUGUCGUCUGAACGUUCCUUUGUAGUUCCAUGUUGACUCAACGCUUCAACACGAGCACCGAUCAGAUCUCUUCCUGUCGGCGAGUUUCAGGUGUUGGAUUCGCUCCACCAACCACGUGCACGUGUCAAACCUUCAGCCGACCUGCAGCCUUCACCUGGACAUCAGUGUCAGACAUGAAGGACUGCUGCAAGUGCCUCCAACACUCAAUAAAUCUGUAACCACUCAAA